AGUUUAUCGAAUGAUGUUGCACCAAUAACAAGUAUUAAUAGUAUAUUUGUCAUUUAAAAACUAGUAGUUUGUUUAAUUAUGAAACUGAUAUCGUAAUUUAUUGAUAAACGUGGAUAAGUUCAAAAGCAUCGCGUCUAAUUUAGUGCAAUUUUUCAAAAUGUGGAGAACUAGUAGGAUCGUGGAGAAGUAUCCUAGAGUUGCUACUCGGGCUUAUGCUACUUCGAAGAAAAAAAUUAUUGCCAUUAGACGGGAGGAUCAAAGUAUUUGGGAAAGAAGAGCACCCUUUGCUCCCAGUCAUGUCCGGAAGCUGGUCAAACGUGGAGUAAAAGUUAUUGUCCAGCCUAGUAAUCGAAGGGCGUAUCCCAUGCCGGCCUACCUCAAUGCAGGAGCAACUGUACAAGAAGAUAUUUCUGAAGCAUCUGUGAUAUUCGGAGUCAAACAAGUCCCAGUAGAUCAAUUAAUACCCGAAAAAACUUACUGUAUAUUUUCACAUACAAUCAAAGCUCAAGAAGGUAAUUUGCCAUUGUUGGACGCCAUUUUGGAGAAGAGAAUCAGACUGAUCGAUUAUGAGAAACUUAUGGAUGAAAAAGGCAACAGAGUGGUGGCGUUUGGUAAAAUGGCUGGUAUCGCUGGUACGAUCAAUAUUUUACACGGACUUGGAUUGAGGUUGUUAGCCCUUGGACACCAUACUCCUUUCAUGCAUAUAGGACCUGCCCACAACUAUAGGAAUUCCAGUAUGGCCCGACAAGCGGUUAGGGAUGCAGGUUACGAAAUAUCCCUAGGGCUAAUGCCCAAAUCCAUAGGACCUUUAACAUUUGUAUUCACAGGAUCCGGGAACGUAUCGCAAGGGUCACAAGAAGUCUUCCAAGAAUUACCCCACGAGUACGUUACACCAGAGUUUUUGAAGAAGGCUGCGGAACACGGAAGUCUAAACAAAGUUUACAGCUGUGAAGUGCGAAGGAGUCACUACCUGGAACGCGCUGACGGUGGUGGCUUCGACCCAGUCGAAUAUGAAGAACAUCCCGAACGGUACGUUUCUACCUUUAGCAAAAAGAUUGCACCAUAUGCAUCGGUUAUAAUAAACGGAAUAUACUGGGCAGUAAAUAGUCCAAAGUUGCUUACAAUACCAGAUGCCAAACACCUUCUCAAACCGGCCCACACACCUUGGUUACCUACUUCACACGGAGCACCAGCGUUACCGCAUAGGAUGUUGGGUAUCUGUGACAUUUCUGCUGACCCAGGUGGUUCCAUUGAAUUCAUGAACGAAUGUACAACCAUAGACACGCCAUUCUGUCUUUAUGACGCCGAUAGAAACAAGGACACCAACAGUUUUAACGGUCCAGGAGUUUUAGUAUGCAGCAUCGACAAUAUGCCAACGCAAAUACCUAGAGAGAGUACAGAUUUCUUCGGAGAUCUUCUGUUUCCAUUUGCGUUUGACAUACUUCAAAGUGAUGCACAGAAACCACUGGAAAAUCAUAAUUUUUCGCCAGUUAUACACGGAGCAAUCAUAGCGAGCAAUGGUCAACUAACACCGAACUACGAGUAUAUUCAGGAAUUAAGAAAAUCUUCAAGUAAAAGUAGACUAAAGUCAGAUAUGAACGGAAACACUUCCACCAAGAACGUUCUCAUCCUAGGAGCAGGCAGAGUAGCUGCUCCACUGGUAGAAUACUUGUUUAGAGAUCAGUCAGUAGGACUAACCGUCGCCUGUGAACAACGAGAACUGGGCGACGCCGUUUCGAAACAAUACCCAGGCGUUGAAAGUGUUUACUUGAAUGCAGCUGAAAAUACAGGUACCUUGCAGGAAUUAAUAAGGAAAGCCAACGUUGUGGUAUCGAUAUUACCAGCAGGUCUUCAUCCCUUGGUUGCGAAAACGUGCGUUCAGGAAGGAGUUCAUAUGGUUACAGCAAGUUACAUGUCAGAGGAAAUUAAACAAAUGCAUCAAGCAGCACAGGAUGCCGGAGUUACGAUUUUGAACGAAGUGGGAUUAGAUCCAGGUAUCGAUCACUUAUUAGCAUUAGAGUGUAUUCAUGACGUUAAAAAUAACGGAGGCAGAAUCACCUCAUUCGAAUCCUACUGUGGAGGAUUGCCAGCUCCUGAAUACAGCGAUAAUCCUCUAAGAUACAAAUUUUCCUGGUAUCUUAGAAAAGGUCAGAUUGUUGAAAUUAGUGAAGGUGGUGAAUUGAUGAGGGCAGCCAAACCUUUAGAUUUUCUUCCUGGAUUUAAUUUGGAGGGAUUUCCAAAUCGAGACAGUAUCAAAUAUUCUAAAAUAUAUGGCAUUGAAGAAGCAAAUACUGUGUUACGAGCAGCCAGACAACUCCAAUUUCUUGGUCUGCUCGAUACUGCGGAUCAUCCAAGCCUACAUCAACAAGGUCCAGAAGUUACAUGGAGAAAACUGAUCUGCGAUCUAUUAGGACUAGAAGAUGCUAACAUGUUUUAUGACAAUUUGAAAAAUAAAAUUAGCGAAAGAACUGGAACAGAUUCAGCUGUGGAUAUUUUAGAGGAGUUGGGACUUUUGGACAACCAAAAUAUUGUUAAAUGCGGUACACCUAUUGAUACUCUUACUCAUUAUCUGUCAACAAAAUUAGCUUUAGGUGAAAUUCAAGAAAGAGGAUGCCUUUUGCCCUUUGCCCAAGAAAUUUACAGACCUAUGUUACAGCGACUUAGAGCAGAAGGUUUGACAGCUACGGAAACAUCCAAGUUUGCUUAAAAGUAACCGCUGAAUGCCUACAACGACAGGAUGUCAGUUACAAAAAAAAUAAGUGAAUAAUAGAUAUUUGUUUUUGCUUUUUGUGCAAAAGUGUUUAUUAACUUUUGAAUUCUUUAGUAUUUUUAACAUCGAUCAGCAGUUACCUACUAAAGUGGAAGCUAUUUACUGAAUUAAAUCAGAGGUAGUCAAAAUGCCUAAAAACAAAAACAGUACGGAGGUUAUUACCUACCUGUUAGUUUAAGUGCAUCAACGUAUCUAAGGUCCGGGAUCUAAGGACCCAACGGAUCUAACUCAACGUUCUAAAUAUGUGAAUAUUAUAGUGCGCCUGAAAAUUAGAAAAACGUUCUUCACAUCUUGUGAUCGGUUGUAUAAAAUCUGUUUUAUAAAGCGUUAUUUAUUACUUAAGUUUUAAUAUAAAUUUUAGUUCAAUGCUUUUACUGCCACUAGGUUUUAAGUCUGAUCCAUCUCUAGAGACUUUAUUAACAAUCCAGAAUGUUUAUCACUAGUUAAUUUUGUUCAAAAAAUCACGACAUUGAAAUAAAUCCAAGGCUAGACUGAACAUUGUGAUAUAAGUGACUUAUAUUUGUAUAAAAACCACAAUAUUGCCAACACCCGUCAGAUCACAGAAGAAAUACAAACUUAUGCAACCCUAUUAUGAAAAAGAUGACAUAUGACAGAUUCCAUUACAUUAUGCAAAAAAAUUAAUUCGGAACUACUACAACUGUCGUUAUCAAGUAAUAUUGUAGUACUUAAUAAUAAAAUAAGCAUUAGUCAAUAUAAUAUUAAUUGUUUUGCAA